AUGGCGAAUUCAAAUAAAGCGAGAGUUCCCCCUGAUUUCUCAUCAAAUCUAGCACAAUUGUAUCGAAGCGUGUAUACAUCGGAACCAAUACAACUUUUGCCACUGUCGUGGAACUCUAAAGACCGCCUACUUAAUGUCAAACUUUCACAAUUCGCGUUAACGAUAACGUGCACUGCUGACACUUCUGCCUCUCGUCACAAUCCAAUUUCAGAGUUGCCUACAGUAAAGGCUGAUCAUCCUAUACCUGUAAGUGCCGGGAUAUACUACUUCGAGACAACUAUUGCUAGCUUUAAGCCAAAUUGCACUGUUAUGAUCGGCGUCGCCUCGAGACGAGCAAGCAAAUUUUCAGGAUGGGAUUCUUCCUCUUUCGGUUAUCAUAGUGAUGGCUCACUGUAUCACCAUACUACUCCAACUCCAUUUGGUCCCAAGUUCUGUGAACAAGACAUAAUCGGUUGUGGAGUGGACCUCAUAACCAAGUCACUGUUUUACACUCGAAAUGGGGAAUUUUUGGGCAAAGCCUUUGAAGGAAAAUUACCUGUAUCAGCCAUACCCGACCUCUACCCCGUGAUUGCCCUGGACGGACAGGGCUGUCGCGUUACCACAAAUUUCGGCGAUCAGCCCUUCUUCUACCCCUUCAAACGUCACAUUGCCGAGGAACGGGAGGCGCAUGAGAAUCGACUCAUUGGUGCCCUGAGCAAGGAUUUUAUUGACGUUAAGAUGCGAGAUCUGGUCGCUGGCUACCUCGUCCACCACGGCUACAUCGACUCGGCACGGGUCUUCUCCCGCUGGACAAGUUUCGGCGAAUCGGGCUCCUCGGCAAAGAAGACACGGAAUGAGGAGGCGGUGGAGGGGGCUAAGGAUAACGCAGACGGGAAUGAGGAGACGGAAGAGGAGGCCUCCCUCCCCGGAUUUGCUAGCAUGCAACAUCGUCGCAGUCUGAGAACUUUCUGCCACCGAUGUCAGUACGGGCGUGUUGCUAGCACCCUCACCGCCCUGUAUCCAAACAUUGUGGAACGCUAUCCUGAGCUCAUUUUACAAUUGCGCUGCCGUCAGCUCGUUGAAAUGAUGUACCGGCAUUCAGAACAACGCUCCAGCCAUCCUUUGUCUUCCAGCGACUCCAAACUUCAGCAAACCAUGGGAGGCAGUCGCAAACGCCCCUGUACAACGAAUACCUCGGCCUGUUGUCGCACCAGUGAAUCAGUGCCCACUCUAGCCACCUGCGAUGACGACCGGUCCGUGAGCAAGUACCUUCACACUGACAGUCCGCCAGACGUGGAUGAUCAGGCUCACUUCCCAAAUCCUGGUUCUUCGGCUGCCACCUCCUGUGACGCAAUGGACAUCGACAGCAGUCUCGCGUUUGAGGCCAAUGGUAACCACCCUCCUCACUCCCAGUUCUGUUCCGAGGAUCAACAGUUGUAUGGAGUGUCAACUGACGCCCCAUCCUUUUCUGCUACCGCCACCAAUGAGGCAGAACAGCUAAUGCCCUGCGAAUUGUAUGAUGACGAUGAUGAUGGCUUUGGCAUUACUGGGGAUCUCAGUCAACAACAUGAGGCCCUGGAACCCAUCCCCAUGGAGAUGGAAAGUGCCGGCAGUGAUCGCGCAUCAACGCCUGCCUUUACCACCGCUCCUCCAAAAGGCAUGGUCUCUCAGAGUUCCUCCUCUCUAGAGGGCAAUGCUGAAGAGAAGAAUCGUCUCCUACGACAAAUCCAAUUCAGUCGCUCCUUGGUGGAUUUAGCAAAGCAGGUGAAAGAUAAAUGCGGCUCCCUGUCUCCAGAAACAGAGCAUCUUCUGCAACAAUCGGUGAGUUUGAUGGCCUACCCUUCGCCCUCGUCCCCUGAGUGUCCCCUGAGGUGCCUUCUUGAUCCAUCUUGGCGAGAUAACAUCGCCAGCCUUAUCAACAGUGCAAUUUUAACCGAGGCGCAUCAUCUUCCACCCCAACCCGCAAUAGAACAGGCGUUGUAUGCCCUGCAAAAAUGCUUUGCCAAUCGUGAGUUUCAAGAGGCUCAAAUCCUGGGCCACUUCCUUCUCUACCACCUCUCCCCAUCCAAAUACACCACGGAGAUUCGUCUGCAACACACUGCUUCCUCGCCUCCUCCCUCCCAGAUCCCGGCAGCAUUCCACUCCAGUGAGUCUUCUAACGGACGACAGGAGAUGGCCUUACAGACGAAUAAUAACAACUCCGCGGGAAGCAGUGAGCGCAUUCCUAAUGGUCGUGCUAGCCCACCGAAACGACACCUCUUCACCCCACCCUCUUCGAACGGUUCCCGAAGGCAUUGGCGUCGAAGACAUACUCCUGCCGGCAACUCUGGUUCACGCCCCGUUAUGCGGUAUGCACCUGUGGAGACCCUGCCUUCUUCAGACGAGGACGAGGUAGAGGACAUCUCCAUGGAGGAGGGGGUACAAUUGCAUCACCAUGAGGAGCUUGAAGAUGAUCACGAGGAGAUCGAGUCAUUAGAUGAGGAGGCUGAAGUGGAACUGAUGACUGCGACGAUGGAAGAAGAUGGAUUCGAGGAGGAUGUAGAACAGAAUGCUGAAGAAAAUGACGAUGACGAUGACGACGACGAGGAUGAAGAAGUGGAUGAAGACGAAGAAGAGGAUGAUGACGAUGACGAAGAAGAGGAAGAGGAAGAAGAGGUAGUAGAAAAUGAGGCUGAAGAAGAACUCUCUCCUCAAAGGGAGACUUUUAGCUCGUUUUUUACGGAAGGCAGGAUCCUUAGACGCACUGGUGCUCGAGAUGACGGCAGUGGUGGACGAUCACGUGGAUCCACUGGAGCAACGAAUUCUGGUCGUCGUGGUGAGUCUUUCGGCGCCUAUACCUCCGAGGUCUCUCGUCUACCUGGUACUCGGCCGCGUCGCUACUCCCGCCUCGUUAGUGGUGGCGGCAGCGUUGGUCGCAGCGCCCCGUCUUCAAGAUCAUCCCGACGAAGCGACAACGCCUCUGCCGGCAACGCCAACAAUAAUAGCAACAAUAAUCAUUAUGUCAUGUGGAUGCUUAGACGGCUUCUCGGAUCAAGGCAACUGUUUCGCUUUCACUGGAGGUGCGGCACCCGCGAGCUGAUUUACAACAAGAAAUUCAGCAGUACGGUGCAAGAUUACGAUGAAAAGCCCAAGCAGCCGACGAAACCACGAGUGAAGGAAUCAAACGAGCAGCACAAUCACGACGAGCAACCAGGAGCCUAUAACCGGAGUCUAUUCGAUCCCCGAUAUCUGGCUGAAGUGUACCGAGAGUUUUACCGUGAACUUGCAAAUGCUUAUGCUGGAUUUGUAAAUGGAUUCAAAAAGUAUAAGUAA